GUACCUGGGGAAGCAGGCAACCUCUCGAAUCUCUGUAAUAAUCCGACAUUUGUAAAUUUGUAAGGUUUAACUCGAUAUUCUCAAAGUUUAAACAAAACCCAGAAUCCUUAAGAGGAAAAAUUACAAAAAUGAUAUACGAGAAACUCAAACUUCGGAUUGAGUCUCACAGAUAAAAUAAAGAAAGAACAAUGGUUGGAGAUGGUGGAAAAAGUCAAUCCAGGAAUGAACUGUUGAAAACGGUGAGGGAGCAUUCAAAGUUUUUAGGUCAAACUAUAGUUGAUGAGAAAGACACUUCGGAUGUUGAAGCAGAUUCAAGAUUUUGGUAUGAUCUUCUGGAUAAGUACUUUAGUUCUGGUGUAGAAUCAAGGCUGCGGCAAGAUGAUGAUCUCAUAUUCUUUGUGAAGAAAUUGAGCUUGCGUGGAUCUAAAUUCAACAAUAAUGCCGAAGGAACUCCUCCUUUCUUUGUUCGCAGAUGGGCACCUAAGUUGGACAAAGUAAUUGAAAAUCCAGAUGAGGUGGAUUGGAGGCGCUCUUUUUACUUGAACUUAAUUGCGCACACUUCAUUCACAGUAAUAGUUGCAAUAUGCAGUAUUCAAGAUCUUCAAAAUCAUCAAAACAGAAGAGACACCCCAUUAUCUCCUGUGUACAAGGUUGUUAAAACUGUCUAUGCGUCACCUAGUCGUGUCAAUUUUCAUUUGGACUCAAGAAAGGAGGACGAAACAGUUCCGGCAUAUCCAGAUAUUUGUUUUGCUGUCGAUGACUUUGAUUCCACUUUUGAUGCAGUGGUUUUGACAGAAACAGACCAUUGCUACUGCGUACUUCUGAAUGGACAUGAUGGAGCAGCAUUUCCAACUGAACAAGCCGUGCAUGAUUGUAGCUCUAGUAAGAUCUCAAGCCUUAGAGUUGAUAUUGAAUCUGGGAGGAGCAAGAAUUCUAAGGUGACUCUUUUUUCAGGGUUUGUCAGCUAUGAAAUGGUUAGAGAAGCAUAUGACGCUGGGAAGUUUCGCUUUGGAAGCCUUUUUUCGCUCCCCCAUUUUCCUUCCAAAACGGACAGACUUUACAUGACGGGUCCAGGUGGGCGUGGGGAAGUUGAAGUAGCUGUUUCUGGUGUUGCUGAUCAAAGCCACCAGACACCAGACCCUCCUUCGCCACUUCAAACAUCAAAGACCGGAUUUGGGAUAGGUGUGGGCACGAUAGUUCGUAAGGCAGCAUCAGCUGCAUCAGUGGCAGCAAAGCAUGCAUAUGCUACUGCAUCUUCCACGGGGAAAGCUAAUGGAGUAGCAUUACCCCUCAAAUGCUGCUUAAUGUCUAUAUCUUUGCCUUGGGAAGACAUUGCCCAUGAUCUUCUGUUCAAGCUUGGAUCAUGAAGGAGCUUGAUUGAUACAUCAGAUACCCUACAUGUGCGCAUGAGGAUCAGUUGUAGUCGUGUUGAAGUGAAGUUGAAAUAUCCUUUUACGCUCAAAGUUCCUCUUAGGGUGGUGGUAGGUAUACAGUGAACUCAGGUCAAUACAUCUGUGAAAUUCGGAUCCCGUGAUGAUUCGUUAACACUCAGUGUACACUCUGUGUCAUUGUCAGUUACAGAUGUAACCAACUGUAUUUUCAGUUUUUGUUACUCUAGGAUUAUUACACGUGAUGAUCAUCCAAGCACACUCUGUAAAAUACUGAAUCUGUCUCAGUGUAAUAAUACAGUAAUAAUACCUUGUACGGUUAUUUCCUCUGUAUUUUUUUCACUCCGUUGAUGAAAAGUUAAAGAUUUCUUUAGUGUAA